UUGAUAUCGCCUCAAACAACUUCAGUGGCUCAUUGCCUGAAAGAUGGUUUAAGACGCUCAAGUCUAUGACGACUAGGUCUGAUAACGGGACAUUAGUUAUGGAAAAUCAAUAUUACCAUGGGCAACCAUAUGUGUUUACAACUACAACAACAUACAAAGGGAAUUACAUAACCAUCUCUAAGAUAUUGAGGACCCUUGUGCUUAUUGAUAUCUCAGAUAAUGGAUUCUAUGGUACCAUCCCUGAGGCCAUUGGGGACCUUGUGCUGCUUCAUGGGCUCAACAUGUCUCGUAAUGCUCUUGGAGGGUCAAUUCCAGCUCAAUUUGGCAACCUGAAGAACCUUGAGUCAUUGGACCUCUCCUCAAACGAGAUUUAUGGGGAAAUUCCCCAGGAGCUAGCAUCGUUAAACUUCCUAUCAACAUUGAAUUUGUCCUACAACAUGUUGUUUGGACGAAUACCAGAGUCCUCUCAGUUCUCCACAUUUUCCAAUAGCUCUUUUCUAGGGAAUACGGGUUUGUGCGGAUAUCCAAUGCCCAAUCAAUGCAGAAAUGACACACAAACAAGCAUGACAUAUGCUAAUUCAGAGAAAAAUCCUACAGAUGUACUGCUUUUUAUCUUCACUGCUUUGGGAUUUGGUAUCUGCUUUUCAAUUACAGUCAUAGUGGAAUGUGGGAGAAAAAGUUGAUAGUGAUCUUGACUCUCCAGAGCUCUUAUAUGGAGUAUGUUAUUACGUAUUGCUACAAAAUUUUGUCUGUGAAGAUCACUCCUGUUUCCUUGCGGGAGUGAAUAAAGAGAAAGUAGGUGUCUGUGUUUAACUAUAGUUGUUACAAUUUUUGUUAGUCAGCAGUACACAGCAACUGCGACGACUGUUAUCUCAGUGAAAAGAUGACGCUAUAGUCAUCAGUUAAGUAAGAAAUAUUGAGCUCCAUAUAUAUGUAUGUGAAGGAAGAGGUCAUCACUAGAGAAUUGUGGUGGAAUUAUGCGGAACUGUUUUGUAAGUUGCGGACGACUACAUGCAUGAACCAGAUGAACCGGUCUUUCAAACUA